CAAGAUCUCAAAUUUCCUUACUGCAAAAAUACUUUUGAAGAUGGCAAAUUAUUUACCUGAUAAAAUAUAAUUUGGGUAAUAAUAACAAGAUAUACAAUUUAUCCUGUUCUGUAGAUUUAAGGACCUCAGAAAUGGUACUAUUCCUUUCCGACCAUUUUUCCAAUCUACAAAAAUGAACCUCGGUCUCAUUGAAGCCUAUUUAUUAUUCGUCAUCAUAUUCCAUUUUAAAAGAGGAGAGAGGUGCGCCAUUGACCUCCGGGGGAGGCGUUUUAGCCUCCAAAUCAUAAAGCCUGCAGGUAGGUGCCUCACUUAAGCUCAGAUUAAAGAGGUACUUUUUGAGUCGACAGUGACCCGAGUACAGUUCUGUCAUACACCUAGAGGUGCUCCCGUCCAUUAGAAGAAGUGGUACAAUUUUCUAAGAACCGAGUCCUUCUAGGAACAACUUGAACUGUGUUUGUUUCUUGGUGGUCGAGCAGCUGGACGAAGAUGAAGAAGGUAUAGACAACGUAGCCAUAGAGAUCGACGAUGAAGAAGGAGGUUACAUGGAGAGAUUCUUCUCCAUGGUCCAGAUGAGCAGGGGCUGGAUAGAAGAAAUAGACAAAAAUGUUAAGGAAAUAAAAUCGACACACUCCCUUCUGCUGUCCUCUCCCAGACCCGAAGAACGUUUAAAAAAUGAACUGGACGAGAGGACGUACGAAGUCAAAACGAUUAGCCAAAAAGUCAACAGGCUUUUAAAAGAGAUGGAGAAGGAGAUAGAGCAAGAAGAAGAAGAACUGGGUCUUAAGGAAAAGAACUUGCAGGCCCCCGCGAGGUUGAGGAUGCGACGAACGGCUCAUAGCAGUUGCCUCUUCUACUUCAUAGAAGUAAUGGAAUCCUGGAACAAGGAACAGAAUGACUACAGGCAAAAGUGUGUUGAGAGGAUACACAGGCUAGCCUCAAUAGCUAAAGCAGUCGUUACUGAUGAAAGAUUGGAUGAACUAUUGGAGCAGGGCAACUAUGGUGCUAUAUUCAAUGAUGAUAUAAUAACCGAAACUAUUGAGGCAAGACGUGCUCUCGAAGACGUUCAAGUGCGGCACCAAGAACUCCUCAAGAUAGAAAAGUCCCUUCAAGAGUUACGGGAUCUCUUCAUGGAUAUGGCUAUCCUUAUUGAACACCAGGGUGAGCUGGUAAACAGGAUAGAGAAUCAUGUCCUCAAGACCACCGAUUAUGUCGAUACAGCCAAAGUUGAAAUGAAUAAAGCUAUAAAAUACCAAAAGAAAUCACGCAAGAAUCUGAUUAUUCUGAUCAUCAUCGUAUUGGUCAUCCUCAUCAUCAUAACCCUCUACUUACUCUACCACUACGGAGUCAUAUAAACAUACCUCCUUGGAUCCUAUGCUAGUCAGAGCCGCAUCAUCUGUCCUAUGUAUAAAUAUAAGUUAUAAUGUUAUUGUUUAAUAUAUAGUAUUUUUAAAAAAAUAUAUAUUUUUUUGUUUUAAUUA